AUGUCUCACCACGCCGGCGAAGACCCUUCCAUCUUCCCCCUCACCGGCGGCUGCGCCUGCGGCAACAUCCGCUAUUCACUCAAUGCCUCGCCCAUGGUCGUCCACUGCUGCCACUGCACCUCCUGCCAGCGUGAGACCGGUACCGCCUUCGCCCUCAACGCCGUCAUCGAGGGAGACGAGGUGACCCUCCUCCCGAGCGCCCCAUCGUCGUACGUCUCACCGCUGCAGCCGCUGGCGUCUUUCCCGGAGUCUGCCCGCGAUGAUUGGACUCCUAGGCAGUCCAGACCCGACGACGCUGUCCACGGGAUGAAAGAAAACAAGGACAAGGGCGACGAUACCGGGGGAAAAGCCGAGGCAGACAUCCCUUCCCCCGUGAUACUCCCCGUUCCCACCGACUCGGGCGCUCCACAGUACAUAGCUCGCUGUCCCAUCUGCUUUGUGGCCGUUUGGAGCAACUACGAUGGUACAGGCCCCUUGAUGAAGUUUCUCCGCGUCGGUACCCUAGACUCGCCUGCUUUGCUGGGCGGUCCGGAUGUAUACAUAUUUAUGCGCAGCAAGCAGCCUUUCGUUGAGGUCGCCGACGAUGGUAAACCUCGCUUCGAUGAAUUCUACCCGAAGAAGGAAGGGGUUUGGAGCCCCCAGGGGCUUGCUCGCCGGGAGAAGCUGCUUGUUCGGAUCAGAGAGUGGAGGAUGGAGAACGAAGUAGAUGGAUGA